AUGUUCUCCUCGCCUCUCCUCCUCACCACAGCCCUCUGCGCAACAGGGGUCUUGUCACAUUCACCGAACUCUUACCACUUCGAUCCAUUGAGGCAUCUCGCAGGUGUUGCACCACCUUUCGACCCAAUUGACCCUCCUCUUGAUCCUGCUCCACCACAAGGUUGCAAUGUCACGAGAGCCGCGUACCUUGUUCGCCAUGCUGCCAUCUUUGCAAACGACUUUGACUAUGAGACUUAUAUCGAGCCGUUCACAGACAAACUAAAAAAUACCACGGUUGACUGGACGAAAGUCCCAGUAUUGUCAUUUCUUGCUACAUGGCAAGAUCCAAUUACAGAUGCGGAGCAGGAAAUGUUGACCAGGUCCGGAAAGUUGCAAGCCACGAAACUCGGGGUAGAUAUUGCGCAAAGAUACCAAUCAUUGAGGACUCCCAAGAAAAUCUGGACAUCGACGGCUGAAAGGACAGUCAAAUCGGCAAAGUCGUUGACUCAUGGACUGGCCGACGACGAGAGCGAUAUCUCUGUUGUUCAAAUUCAAGAGGGCGAGGAGGAUGGUGCAAAUUCUCUGACACCAUAUAAGAGUUGUCCAGCAUACAGUUCCAGUGCUGGAAGCGACCAGUCAAGUGAAUUUCUGGAGGUCUACACCAAGCCAGCUCUUGGUCGUUUCAAUGCCGCCGCUCCUGCAUUCAACUUCACGGCUACAGACAUUUACGGAAUGUCACUUAUCUGUGGUUAUGAAACUGUCAUUCGUGGCUCUUCUCCUUUCUGCAACCUCGAGCUCCUCACUCCGAAUGAGUGGCUGGGGUUUGAGUAUGCCAACGACAUUCAAUACCAUUAUAACACCGGGUAUGGCAAUCCUGUGUCGGGCGCAAUCGGCUUUCCAUGGGUCAAUGCGACUUUCAACACUUUGAUGGCAACACAGAACAACAUGUCAAAUGCAACCACAGACCAAGACUUAUACAUCUCGUUCACACACCGAGAACUUCCGCCAACCGUUCUCGUCGCACUCGGACUGUUUAACAACUCCGCAUUCUCUGGAGCCAAUAACAUCAACGGUACAAUGCCAUUGACGACGAUCAACCACAAUCGAGCGUGGAAGUCGAGCAACAUCCUCCAAUUUUUGACAAACGUUGCCUUCGAAAAGAUGGAAUGUGAUAGUUUUGGCUUCGAUCGUGGUACCUUCUAUCGAGUUCUUGUCAACGAUAGCCCACAGAGCUUGUAUGGGUGUUCGGAUGGUCCUGGGGAAAGCUGUAAGCAGGAGGAUAUGAUGCCUUGGCUUGCCGAGAGAGCCAGUGUAGUUGGUGAAUACGGAGAGCUGUGCGAGGUUGAUUACAGCAAUAGCACUAAUACGCUUGGGAUAUAUAAUUAA